AUGGAAGGCAUUUUGAGAAUUAACGACAUAGAGAUUUACGAAAUCUUUAAAGUGAUUAUGAGUUUUGAUGACCCAAAACCAAGAAAUAUUGAAAAAAAUAUAAAAAUAUAUAGAUGGGAUUCCCUAGAGGCAUCAUUGAGCAAAAUUUUGCCCAAAUAUUGCAUAAAUUUUAGUGAUUAUGAUUUCAAUAGUGAAUUCACUUAA